AUGGCUGCCAAGAAGUGCUCUCUGCUGAAGGAAGUCAAUGACUCAACUGACAGAUGGAGAAUUACAGUUCGUGUGAUCAGGAGGUGGAAUGUCUACAAGAAGGAGUCUCCUACUGAGGUUUUUUGCGUGUCCAUGCUACUGAUAGAUGAAGAGGGGACAAGAAUCCAAGCUUCUAUCAUGAACAAAAACCUAUUUGAUCGUUUUAGUGCCAUGGCAGUGGAAGGGAUAACUUAUUUUAUGGCUAAUUUCAUCGUCUCUCCAAAUAAUAAGGAGUACAGGGCAACAAACCAUGCUUUCAAACUGACACUAGGUACUUACACAUAUGUGAAGGAAGUACUUGCCCAAAUACCUGAAUACUCUUAUCAUUUCUUCCCUAUUCGUCACAUAAUUAAGAUGAAGGAGAGCAACCAUGUUGACUAUCUUAUUGAUGUCAUUGGAUUCGUUGCAUCAAUUGGGCAUCUAGAGGAGUACAAGUCUAACAAUGAGAUAAAGAACAAAUUGCGAUUGUUGCUGGUAGAUGAGCUUGGCAAUACUGUGGGUUGCGUUCUUUAUGAUGACUGUGCAACCAAUGUCUGCAUGAUGGAUAUUAGCACCAUGCAAUCUCCUGUUGUGAUGAUUAUGCAGCUUGGAAGGAUUGGAUUUGAUGAUGAUGGUAUGGUUGAGAUUUGUAGCUCAUACCAUGCCACCCAGAUUUCAUGCAGUCCAAAGUUUCCAGAAGUCAAGCAUUUUAUCGAUAGGUAUAGUGCAUUGAGCAGUGCUACCACAUUACCCUCUCCUACUAUCAGCACAAUCUCUCAUACUGCUACUACACAAUCAAAUGAUCAGUCUGCAACUAGCCUGCUUCGUAACCAUCCUUUGAUUUUUGUUGCAGACAUAUGCAAUCAGCCAGCUGAUUCGUUCUUCCUCAUAAAGUGCUUAGUAGUCAAAGUUGACACGAGGCAUGGCUGGUGCUAUGAAGGUUGCUCCAGGUUAAGGGUCCACUACACGGUUGAGGAUUCAUCUGGCAAGGCAACUGUAGUCUUCUUUGACAAACUUGCUUCUAAUUUCUUCCAAAAGACUGCACUUGAGAUGAAUCACACUCUUAUUAAGGAGGAACGUGAAUAUGAUUUUCCUGAUGAGCUAGACCUAAUGGUUGGAAAGACGGUGCUCUUGAAACUUAAGCUGAACAAGUAUAACGUUGACUUCCCAAAUUCUGGCAUAUCUGUUGCAUCAUUCACACACUUACAGUUUUUUUGGAAAAAAAUGUUCCUGCCAUGUACAGUAUUGAAUGAAGUUACUAAUGUUGCCAUCGACGAGAAUGAUGAAGACAGCCCCGGCAUUGAGGAGAUACCUCUGUCUAGGAUAGCUGGCCCCUCAACUUACAGGCCAAAGAGGAAGGUAGCUGGGAAGAGGAUCAUUGGAGUUAAGGAGAAAUGGGUUCGUUCACCCAAUGCCUCACCUAUCAAGACAUCGUCCAAGCCUUUAAAGAGCAUCAAGCAAGAGAAGAACUGA